UAGACAUUCUGGGGGUGAUGUCGCUAUUAUUUUUCAGUUCAAUGAAUAAGUUGUGGCAAGUAAUUCAUCUUUCUUGCCAUUCUAUCAUUGUAUCGGAUUAACCCGCUUGGAUAAGCACUUUAUAGUUGGAAGUUCACCUUAGAUAUGUCAUGCUUGAUGCGGCGGUUGUAUCCGAGUGUUACGAGGAAAUCUUGACAGUAUAGGGGUGAUGGAAAUGACAAAAAGGACCUUGUGAGUUCAAAUUUAGCAAGUGAGAGAACCAUCUUUGGAUGGGAUGGAUAAACGUCAACAACACAUAGACAUAGACAUAGACAUAGUGUCGACGGAAUCAUUGCUGAAUUUUCAAAGCGCAGACGACCGCGGAACUGACUUAUACGAAAGGUUAGAGGAGAAAUUCAAUGGUACAAGUCAACCGGAGGGUUGCAACCCUCAUUGCUCCUGUGCGACGAAGAAACUCCCAGGAAAGGUAAUGGUUCAGCACGACCUGUCGUCACACGAGACCCCGUGCGUCUGCUCUCGCCUGGUGGACCCGAGUGACAGUCUGACGGGCUGGGACAGCCCACCCGCGGAUAACUGCGGCUGCAAGCAGGCCAACGGAAACAAGAACAAAAAACCUUUGCCAUAUUCUAAGCUGUAUCAGAAGGAACAGCCGGAUGAUUUUGUGUUCCAACAUUACCGGGACUCCAAAAGAUACAUUGAGCAGUACCGCCUGUAUCAUACGAAAGGAACCAUCAGACAAGAGACGGACGCGACGCCGGUCCUUGGUCACGAUGCGCCGGAUCCCUACUUACCAAAGUUACGAAGCAUAAGCACAGGCAUCAUGCCAGUCAUAAGGACCGCAGCAGGAUUCCUACUGAGCAGAGCUCGUCUUCAUAAUGAUUCCUUUAUGGACUCGCGGUCCAAGUCGUUUAAUGGCUUUGAAAAAAGGAACGCCUUUCAACCUAUGGUAUACAAUGACGAUAGAAGACGACAAGCAGUCAAUCUUUCUGGACACUCACACUUGACGUCACAAGAUACCAGGUCCAAUGGCAGCAACUCGGCAAGUUCUGGCGGGAGCGACGGUCAACCACGACCCAAUACAACAAGUCGGUGCACGGAGGAAAUAAACCUCGCACCAACCCGCGAAAAGCUGGCAGGAGAAAAGAAACAAUAUUCAGAAGUGCAAUCAUCAUAUAUGGAUUUACAAACUCCCAGGGCUUCCUUUCCAUUGCCUGUGCGUAUCGUGGAAGACUAUUGCGGGGCAAGUGGCAGCAAAGCUAGGGCCACAAGUCCAAAACCCUUUAAAAGUAGUCACCAACAUCAGCCGGCAGCGAGCAGUCUUUCUCCACGUACGAGCUACUCAAACUCACAUUUACAAGAAACCAUAGCCCUCAUGCAGAAGUUCCCGGAAAACCAGACCAAUGUUUCUAACAUGAUUCUCAGCGCUAUAUCGGACCCUGCGGUCUACCAACAUUACUUAGCUAAGCUCAAAAAGGUGGAUCACAGUCAGUCCGGUGCGUUUCUGGUGGGCAGUACUGUCUCCAGAACGGAGAAGCCGAAGCGAACUACUGCCCAUCCGCCUUCUCUACCACAUCCCCACAAGGACAAGAAUCUCCAGGUCGGACUUUGCGAGCUGUACAGUUCUGGGAGUGGUCUUUAUACAGGACCAGUUGCCCUUCAUCAAAAUGCCAUAGAGAGAGAAAGACCAAGGGAGGUUCCAACGAGUCCCUUGAGUAAACUUGACGUCAGGGGUUGCCAAUACCGAGGCAGUGCCACCAGAAAGUCCCUGAACGGACGACCGCGGCGGCCCGUGCCAAGCGGUAGUGUCAGAAGGACGGGGAGUACUGACAACGAGUAAUUAAAACGACUGAUUCGCAUUCCCUUCCGAAAAAAACGGAAAUUCUUUUGAGAGGAUUUCAAGGGUUAAUACUGUAGUUUGGCAGAAACGCCCUGCAGAUGAUGGUUG